AUGGUGACACUAGGCUACAUAACAAAUGAGGCAAAGCGUUUUCAUAUCUUUGUGGCAAUCCGAGUUCAACUAAUUAGGGAUUUCACAUCUCCAGAGCAAUGGCGACACAUUGCUACCAAAGAUAAUCGUGUAGACAUAGUGUCGAGAGGAAAGAAAUUGAGUUCUUUAUGGUGGAAGGGACCAACAUUCCUAUCGACAGCAGCGACUUUGAUUCCAGAAACCAAUCAUGUAGAUCUUGAACCUAACAACCCAGAAGUCAAGAAGGGAACUGUGGUGGUCACAGAGGUCGAACCCGACAGCCAUGCAGACAUAUUAACAAGAGUGGAAUAUUUUUCGAGUUGGCAUAAGGCAAAGCGAGCUAUCGCUGUAUGUCUACGAUUUAAGCAGAAACUACCAAAAGUCUGUAAAGACUUAAAAUCAUUGAAGGAAGUGAUAAAGAUAUCAUACAUACCUGUUGAUGUUGACGAAAUGCGAAGGACUGAGCAGGAAAUCAUCAAAUUAACACAACAACAGGAAUUUGCUAAAGAGUUGCAGACUCUCCAUAAUACAAAAUUAUCAAGUACCACGACUGGUGAAAAAACACACUGA